AUACCAUUUCACAGUUGGCAUUUCCAAAACCGAGACACAGUCCCUCCAAUUUCAAAAUGCGAUUCACCUUCGUCGCUUUUAUGGCCAUUAUCGGCUCUGCCUUGGCUGCAGACAAGGCCCCUGCUUUGAUUGGCGUCGGGUUCCCUUGCAAAGCCGAUGGCAGCUCAGGAAACUGUGCUAGUGGCUUCUGCUUGCAACUUGCUCACGAGAAUCAGGGCGUAUGCAAGUAGACUGCGGUUCUCACAGUUUGCGUGGAGU